UGUGCGACUCCCGCGCUAAGAUAAGAUAAGGAAAAAAUAACCUUCCAUUCCUCCAUUCCUCUUCCUCCUCCUCCUCUUCCGUGGCCUUUUCCCUUGAAUCACUCGUCCUUUCAAUCAUCCUGAUCUCCAUGCCCCCCCGUGGUCGUCCCUCCAGAGGUCGUGGCAGAGGCCCCGGUGCCUUCGCCAAGCGCCGAAACGGCUUCACAUCCUCCCGAGUCGAAGAGAUCGAAUCUGAUGAAUCCUCUUCCGGUGAGGAGGGCUCCGGUGCCGAGCAGUUUGAAGACGAAAUGGACCACGAAGGACCCGUCGACGACGCUUCCUCGGACAGCGAAGAAGAGGACCAGCCGGCAGGACGCCCCUAUAACGAACUGCUGCAGCUACUGAAUACCGGCUCGGAGAACAAGGGACCCGCCCGAAAGAAGAGAAAGGUUGAGCACAAGGGCCGGGACUCAGAGCGCGAAGCUGUUGCGACUACGAACGAGGAAGAGAACGAGGCAUCAGCCGAUGACGACGAGGACCAGCCAGAACAGGACGACGACGAGGAGGAAGACAACCUGGAGGAAAUGGACGUGGACGGACAGGCGGACAGUGAUGAGGAAGACGAUAGCGAUCCUUUCGAUGCGCAUUUCUCCACUCCAAAGGAAGACGAAUUGUCCAAGAAGAUCCAGGCAGCCGGAGCGAAGCAGUGGCGGUCUACCAAGAAGGAGCUCUCAGAGGGGCUGAAAAUGGUGCACUCCGUGCCAGAUGUUGGUAAUGACGUUUCCAUGCUUCCUGCCAUGAAGAACAUCUCAAACGUCAAGCUUAAGAAAAAGCUCAUCGAGCCUGCCACCGAGCACAUUCAGAGUAUCAGCGGACAUGCCCAGCACCUCGCUCCCUACAUCUUCGACUAUCAGGAUGUCCUUUACGGCGCCCGAACGGCAUCCAAUUCCGCGGCGAUGCAGGACCUGCUGGCAGUCCAUGCCACCAACCAUGUGCUGAAGACGCGUGAUCGCGUGCUCAAGAACAACGCUCGCGUGGCCAAAGAACAGGACGCCGAUCUCGAUCUCCGCGACCAGGGCUUCACCCGACCCAAGGUGCUCUACCUACUGCCAACCAAGCAAGCCUGCGUCCGGGUGGUAGACGCCAUCACCCGGUUCUACCAGCCUGAGCAGCAGGAAAACAAGAAGCGAUUCGUCGACACCUUUUCGGGGACCGACGACCAGAGCUGGGAAAGCAAACCCGAGGAUUUCCGGGAUCUCUUUGGCGGCAAUGACGACGACAUGUUCCGACUGGGUCUCAAGUUCACCCGCAAGACCGUCAAGUUCUUUGCGCAGUUCUAUGCGUCCGACAUGAUCCUCGCCAGUCCUCUGGGCUUGCGAACCAUCAUGGACCAGGCUGAUGCCAAAAAGCGAGAUCACGAUUUCCUGUCGUCCAUCGAGGUGGUGAUCGUCGACCACACCGACGCACUUCUGAUGCAGAACUGGGAUCACGUCGACUACAUCCUGAAGCACCUGAACCUGCAGCCCAAGGAAGCCCACGGGUGCGACUUCAGCCGGGUGCGAACGUGGUACCUGGACAACAACGCGAAGUACCUGCGGCAAUUGAUCAUGCUGGCCUCGUUCGUGACGCCGGAGAUCAACUCGGUCUUCUCGUCGCACAUGCACAACGUGGGCGGCAAGCUGAAGGCGACGCCCGUGUACGCCGGGGCGAUCUCGGAGGUGCCGCUGCCCGUGUCGGUCAAGCAGACGUUUUCGCGAGUCGACAGCCUGUCGCCGGCCAAGGACCCCGACGCGCGGUUCAAGCACUUCACGACGACGGUGCUGUCGACGCUGGUGCGCAACAUCACGUCGAGCCGCGGCAAGAACGGCGGCGGCACGCUGAUCUUCAUCCCGUCGUACCUGGACUUCGUGCGGCUGCGCAACCACUUCGCCACGUCGACGCAGACCAGCAACCUCUCGUUCGGCGCCAUCUCCGAGUACACGGACAUGCGCGACGUGUCGCGCGCCCGCACGCACUUCAUGAACGGCCGGCACUCGGUGCUGCUGUACACGGAGCGGUUCCACCACUUCCGGCGGUACCAGAUUCGCGGCGUCAAGCGCGUGAUCAUGUACGGGCUGCCGGAGAACCCGAUCUUCUACGGCGAGAUGAUCGCCCAGCUCGGCCUGGACCCGAGCGACGUGGUCGAGGCGGCGUCCGAGGGAGGCGUGCGGGCGCUGUUCUCCAAGUGGGAUGCGCUGAAGCUGGAGCGCGUCGUGGGCACGAAACGAAUGGGCAACAUGCUCCGGGAGAGAGGCGGCGAUACCUUCACGUUUGUAUGAUCGGAGGACCGUGGGGCAGGAGUGUGUAUGUAUAUAUUAUAAUUCCAUAGCGACGCGAGCACCGACUGUAAUGAUAGAGCGAUCUACGUCUACCACGAUGUACCCUGG